AUGAGUGAAUGUAUCUUAACCGGUAGUGAUCUGACCAAACCAGGAAUGGUCAAAACGAAAUUAUCACUCAAUUCAUCUGUCGAUUAUCAUAUUAAAUUGCAACAAAAGAAACAACAUCAACAACAACAACAACGACAACAAGAGAUGACAACUACUAUAUCACCAUCAGUAUCAAAAGAGUAUUGGCCAAAUGUAUAUGAAAGAGAUCAACAUGGUGUAGAUAGAUUGGCAACGUGGAGUGUAUGUACAUUACACAUGCUUGGUAUUGAUCAUACUAUUGGUAUGGUUCAAAUUGAGUUAAAUAAAGAGACUGGUCGUCUAUUAUUAUCUCCUGCAACACAGCAACAACAAGAACAACAAUAUGCACAUAACCACAACAACAACAAUAAGAAUUCUAGAUUUAUUGUACCUAUUGCUCAUCCCGACACUUGUCCCUUUAAAGCAAUGAUAACUUCACAAUCACAUCAACAAUUCCUUAAAGAAUCACCUCCUCUUAAUCCAAUCAAAGUAGGAGUAUCAAUUUUAAUUCAAGAUAAAUAUGAUAGAGUAUUUUUAACAAAGAGAGCAAGUACAAUGAGAAUAUUUCCUUCAUUUUGGGUAUUACCUGGUGGACAUAUGGAAAAGGGAGAGACGUUUGAAGAGACUGGCAUGAGAGAAUUGUUGGAAGAGACUGGAAUCGAUUUAGUGUCGACUAGAAAUGUAAAUCUAACAGUGUUUGGUGCCUAUGAAAGUACCUAUCCACUCUAUUUAAAUGAAGGACGUCUUCCAACGGAUCAUCACACAGUCAUCUAUGCGCAUAUAAAGAUUGAUCAAGAUAUUGAUAAUAGUCAGAUUAAAUUGGAACCAAAUGAAGUUGAAAUUGGAGCGUGGGUACCUCUAUCAUUAUUGGCCGAAAUGUUUGAUAAUAGAGGUAAAGGUUAUGAAUUUAAAGAUUCUCCUCAUAAUUAUAAACAUUUAUUAAAUCGACAAGCUAAAGGUCCAUCAAGUGAAGCUAAUGAUGGUGAUUCAAGUGAAGAUUUGGAAAUUCAUUAUUCAACAAAGAAUACAAACGAUAAUCAUCAACAACAAAAAGUUGGAAAUCUUAGACAAUCAUUUUUAACUGGUGGAGAAUUAAUACCAGAAGGUACAGUUUUCAUUUUAAAACAAUAUUUAAAUCUUCAACAACAAAAACAAAAAGAAUUGGAAAAAUAA